CGGGGACGACUCACGAUGCUUGUUUCUCUGGUGUAACGUUUCAAGUGAUAUAGAAAGUAGGCUAAACCAGGCAAAUGGCAAGUUUAUAUUGUAUUUAAAUCCACACAGGAAACAAUGUAUACGAAGACUGUUUUCUCUCUACUCUACUUUGCCUUUUUAGCCGCGAAUAGAACUGUGGUUUCCGGGGCCCCUUCCUUCUCCAUAGACUACAAGAACAACUGUUUCGAGAAAGAUGGGAAGCCUUUCCAGUAUGUCUCCGGCAGUAUCCACUACUCCCGCAUCCCUCACUACUACUGGAAAGACAGACUGCUCAAGAUGUACAUGGCUGGACUCAACGCUGUACAGAUUUAUGUUCCCUGGAACUUCCAUGAGGAAAAGCGGGGUGUUUACAACUUCACUGGGGAUCGAGACCUGGAGAACUUCCUGGAUCUGGCCAAUCAGACUGGCCUCCUGGUGAUCCUCCGUCCCGGACCCUACAUCUGUGCAGAGUGGGAGAUGGGUGGUUUACCAGCUUGGCUGCUCCAGAAACCAAACAUUGUACUCCGCUCAGCAGAUACAGACUACUUGGAGGCAGUGAGUUCCUGGAUGGCAGUGCUGCUCCCAAAGAUGAGGAGAUGGUUGUAUACAAACGGAGGGAACAUUAUCUCUGUGCAGGUAGAGAAUGAGUAUGGGAGCUACUAUACGUGUGACUACAACUACAUGCGGCACCUGAGGACCCUGUUCCAGUUCUUCCUGGGGGACAAAACUGUUCUCUUCACGACCGACGGGAACACGGACCGGGAAAUGACCUGCGGGACCCUGGAGGGAAUGUACGCCACUAUAGACUUUGGGACAGACGUCAACAUAUCCCAAGCUUUUAGUCGGCAGAGGAGAUUUGAACCAAGAGGCCCUCUGGUGAACUCUGAGUUCUACACAGGGUGGCUGGACCACUGGGGGGACCAGCAUGCUCAGGUGGACACCCAGAAGGUCAGCAGGAUGCUGGGGGAGAUGCUCAGCAUGGGGGCCACUCACUACAGGUAUAUGUUUGAAGGAGGGACCAACUUUGGCUACUGGAAUGGAGCGGACCAUGGUAACAGGUUUAGGUCGGUAGUGACCAGUUAUGACUACAACGCCCCUCUGUCUGAGGCAGGAGACCCUACAGAGAAACUACUAGCCAUACGGGACACCAUUAGCAAGUUCAGAGACAUCCCUGUGGGUCCCAUGCCCCCAGCCUCUCCCAAGAUGGCCUAUGGCUUUGUGACUCUGACAAUGGUAGGGAACCUCAGCAGCCUGUUGGACACGCUGUCACCUCAGGGUCCUGUCCGCUCACUGUACCCUCUGUCUUUUGAAGAGAUGAAACAGUACUAUGGCUUCAUGCUGUACCGGACCAAGCUGCCCAGGGACCUGCCAGAAGACACACCCCUAAUCUCUCCUCUGAAUGGGGUUCAUGACCGGGCAUAUGUCUCGGUCUGUGGGGUGUUCCAGGGGCUGCUGGAGAGAGACACGACUCUGGUGAUGAACGUAACAGGGAAACAGGGGGACCAGGUUGAUGUUCUAGUAGAGAACAUGGGACGAGUCAACUUUGGCAGCAAGAUCAACGACUUCAAGGGCCUGUUGAGUAACCUGAUCCUUGGUAACGAUGUGCUGACAGAUUGGCAGAUCUACCGUCUGGACAUUGAUGGAGCCAUCGCCUCCGGAUGGCCCCAGUCAGGCCAGCGACGCUCCCCGCCCAACCCAGUCAGAGGGCCCUCAGAUGGGCCAGUCUUCUACCAGGGCACCCUGCCUCCCAACGGUCUGGCCUGGGACACCUUUCUCCGGCUCAAUGAAUGGACCAAGGGACAGGUGUGGAUCAACGGGGUGAACCUGGGCAGGUACUGGCCUAAGAGAGGUCCCCAGCAGACCCUGUACGUCCCGGGGCCCCUGCUCAGCCCCACCCAGCCAAACAACAUCACAGUCCUGGAGCUGGAGAGGGCCCCUUCUCACACCAGGGUCCUCUUCAUGGACCGGCCCCAGCUCAACAGCACUGCUGGCAAGACAUCACAGCUACAGACAACAGACAGACAUGACACCACAGCCAGACAGACAGACAGACAUCACAGCUACAGACAUCACAGCUACAGACCACAGACAUGACAGACAUGACACCACAGCCAGACAGACA